AUGUCUUUCGAGUGGAUAGAGUCACAUGCCCGUGCACCAAAAAUUAUGAAGACCUCAUCAAAUUCUGGCAUCGUAAAGUUAGACGCAAAGGGUACCCGCUUCUCAGAUAAUCGUGAGGUGUGGCAUAUGGAAGUAGCGGGUCCACCGUGGAAUUCCACAUCUCGUCACGCUUGCGGGGACUCUAAAAAGACAAUCAGAACUGACAUAUUCAACCUUGUAAUGCUUCUUCGUGACCAUCUGGACUGCAAAGUUGAGUUGGGAACACGUUUGAAAGUUUUCACGACUCAAGUAAUUGAGACGCGUAUGACCUUGUAUGCUAUGAAUAUGCUCGAAGAUGGCCGCUUCCUUGCAACUGAACUCGCCACGGCUGUUCUGCCAUUUACGUUCAGUAGUCGUGGCAAGUAUAAUGCCAUUCUGCGAAUGAUGUCCAUCUUUCAUGCCGAGAUGACUAAUCAAGAAGCAUUAUUGAAAGAAAUGGAUCGUGAGGUGCUACGGACAGAAGGAAAAACUGUUCGCGAUGUGCUGAGGUUACCCGCAGAUAUGGAACUUGAAUGA